GUCACUUUUUUUGAUAUUUAUAUGUUUUUUUAAAUUAUCUAUUCAAUAUAAAGUGAAAUUUGGAAAAUGAGUGCUUUUGAUUGGGUUAUGCUUGCUUUGUUGAUUGCAUUUGCUCUCUUUUGCAUAAUCUUCCUAGUGCGUCACAGCAUUCGAUGCGUGAGCGAAAGAGAACACAUAAUUGUGGAACGUCUAGGAACCUAUUCAAAAUCCCUAGAGCCUGGUGUGAACUUUGUAGCUCCAUUCCUCGACAGGACGAAAUUUGUCUAUAACCGCUAUGUGAUCAGCUCUGGAUAUUCGAAAGGACAGUUAAUCGAAACCUAUUCUGAUGUGAUUUCUACUCAAAACGAAGUCCUUGAUUUCCCUGAGCAACCCGUUAUCACCCGUGAUAAUGCCAUGAUUUAUUUGGAUGCCGUGCUGCAGUACCGAAUCACCAAUCCAAAGAUGAUGGUCUACUCUGUGAACAAUCUUCCCAAUGUUCUGUCCCGCCUCCUGCAGGCUCGUCUUCGUGACGUGGCUGGUUCUCUGGACGUGGACCGUAUCAUCGAAGAUACCGCUAUUCUGGAUCGUGUAGCCGGCGAAUUGGACAUCAUCGCUUGCAAUUGGGGCGUUAAAAUCGAGAUGGUGAAGAUCCAGAAGGUGAGUGCGCACGAGCUGGAAGAGGUGCUGGCGCAGAAGAAGAACGCGGAUUUCAAGAACAAGGAAGUGGUGAUUACUGCCAAGUCGGAUAAGCAGACCUGCAUCAUCAACGCCGAAGGAGAACGGGAUCGAAAGAUCCGCGAGGCCGAGGGAGAGGCGCAGCGUGUGGUGACCGCGGCGCGCGGCCAGGCGCAGGCCAUGCUGAACGACGCGCAGGCGGAGGCGCGGUCGAUCCAGGAGAUUUCGCGGUCGUUGGAGGGGUCGGGCGACGAUCCGUCGAAGUAUUUGAUCGCGAUGAAGUACAUUGCGAUGCUGAAGGAAAUCUGCGCGCUGCCGCAAACGAAGGUGGUGCUGGUGCCGCAGGAAACGUUGAUGGCGCAGACGUCGCAGUUGCUGGGAUUGAAUACGAUUAUCCCACGCCAUUAAGAAUGAAUAAACCGACUGACUUGACUGAGUCAUUGAACUAGAGAUCUAUCAUUUGCUGUUGUAAUUAAGAA